AUGGAGUCUAGUAGUGGAGGAUCGAACAGUGGAUCUAAUUCACAGAAGAUUUGGAAGAAAUUGUGGGGGUUGAAUGUUCCAAAUAAAAUCAAAGUUCUGUUAUGGAGAGGUUGUAAUAGUUUCUUACCUUGUUUAGGAGAAUUGAAGCGUCAGAAGCUCUAUGAAAACUCAAAAUGUGGAGGUUGCGGGUCAGCUAUGGAGUCUGUUUUACAUGUGUUAUGGGAAUGCUCUUUUGCUCAAAAAGUUUGGAGUCGUACUUUUCUGUCAGAGGUGUGCAAGGUAUGGAAGGAAAAUUCUUUCUUUGAUCUUUUUGCUCAUGUUGGAAUGGUUGCGAAUGGAGAUGAUCUAGAAUGGUUUGGAGUAAUAUGUUGGAAAUUGUGGCAAUGGAGGAAUGAUAGGGUACAUGGCAGAUUUACAGGAGAUGUUGUGGCUUUCUUUACGGCAGUUGAAUGCUGGUGGGAGGUAUGGAGGGGUAGUUGGAAUAAGGACGAGAAGGGGUUGAAUUCAAAUGAGUCAAAUGUGAACAGAGGAGUGAAGGAGAGAUGGAGACUACCAAGCCCUGGUAAGAUCAAACUCAAUGUCGAUGGAGGAUUGGAUCAAAAAAAUGGAUUGUUUGGAACAGGAGCAGUUUGUAGGGAUGAUCAAGGAGCUUGUAUUGGGAUAUUGGCGACACCUGGGGUUGGUUUUCCUAGUCCUUAUAGUUGCGAGAUGAUGGCUCUAAGAAAUGGACUUCACUUUUGUACGUGUUCAGGCUGGGUUCACUCAUGUAGAGGUGGAAUGUGA